GAGCAAUAGUUGAUCCAGUUGAACCAUCAAAAAUUUUACCAGUUAUUGAAGAUAAUAAAGUCAAAUUGAAACAUUUGAUCACGACUCAUCAUCAUCAUGAUCAUUCAGGUGGAAAUAAAGAAAUGGUAAAGUUGGUAAAAGGUUUGACUGUGUAUGGUAGUGAUGAACGUAUACCCGAACUAAAUCAUCCUGUAAAAAAUGAAGAAGAGUUUAAAAUUGGAGAAAAAAUUCAGUGCAAAGCAUUAUUUACACCUUGUCAUACAAGUGGUAGCGUAAGUUUUUAUGUUCAAGAUGGUGAUGAUAAAGCAGUUUUUACUG